AAAACGAUUUUGCAACGGCAGAGUAAGCAUCGAUAAGAGUAAAUUGGAGUUGAAGCGUAUUUCGUGUGAUAUAUUAAAAGAAAUCUUGACUUCCUUGUGUUAUAUGUUUUAUAUUUGUUUAAACUUUAAUUAAUCAACUCACAAAAGCUAUAUAUAAAUUUUAUAUAGAUCUAUAAAAUUUAAGUUAAACGGAAUUAGUAAAUAAAACUGGUCAAAAUGAGUGCAAUUAUUGGAGUAACAAAAAUUAACAUCGACGAGAACGAUGCAGAAAAAUACAACAAAACUAAAAAGGCUCAAUCAGCGGUCGCUGAUAACUUGAAGCGCGCUGCAUUGGGUGAUUUGCAAAAUCGUGCGGUGUUGCGUCCAACUUCUGGAAAGGAUGCUGUACAAAAAAGUACGGCGAACGCUAAGCUACAGGGUGCCUUGCGCGGUACGAAAGCACGUGUUGAUAGUAAUUGGAAGAAAACAACAUUGACCAGUUCUACAACCAACGUGGCUCAAUUGGAGAAUAAUAAUGCGAUAACCCAAGCCAUACAACGCAGAGUUGUAACUCGUUCAAGUUCUGUGCGCGUGAACACCAAUGUUCCUGUCGAGCAAAAACCUAAGACGUUGCCCACAAAGGCGGUAGAAAAUAAACAAGCAAAGUUGGAAGUUGCCAAAGUAAGAACCACAAAGGUUGUUGAAAAAGCCCAAUUAGUUUCCAUUUUGCCUAAAUUACGUAGGGAAGAUAGUCAGUUAUCGCAAAUAUCACUGAAUAAAAUAAAAGCUGCCAUUUUGCGUGAUGCAAACAAGGUAAUGAACCAGAAUUGUAAACCCACAGCUACAGCUAAAGUAAACGCACAACCAGCAAAAACUGAAGUAGAAAAUGCCGUUGUUAAUAACAUCGCUAAAGAGGUCAAGGAGAAAGAGGAAAUGCCUUUGCAAGACCCCAUAUUAUUUAAACCUUUAUCGCAUUCCACAAAACUAUUAAGUGAUGUCGAAGAUAUAGAUGCAGACGAUACCAAUACCUUGAUACUUCUCUCAGAAUAUGUGAACGACAUAUAUGAUUAUCUGUAUAGUUUAGAAAUCGAACUCCCUAUAGCAAAAUAUCAUCUUGAAGGCCAGGAGGAGGUUUCUCCCAAAAUGCGUGGAGUACUUGUAGAUUGGAUAAAUGAAGUACAUUUGCAAUUCCACCUGGUACCUGAGACAUUCCAAAUGACGGUAGCUAUCAUUGAUCGUUAUUUGCAAAAUGUUAAGGAUACGAAACGUUCACAAUUGCAACUUGUUGGAGUAACAGCCUUGUUCAUUGCUACCAAAUAUGAGGAACUGUAUCCUCCUGCUUUAAGUGAUUUUGUAUAUAUUACCGAUGAUACGUAUAAUGCUAAGCAGAUUUUACAAAUGGAAUUAAAAGUUUUCAAAGCAAUCGAUUGCAAUUUAUCACGGCCAUUGCCAAUACAUUUCUUACGUCGCUAUUCAAAAGCUGCCAAAGCUGAAGACAGUCAUCAUACAAUGGCUAAAUAUUUUUUGGAACUAAUUUUGAUUGAGUAUGAAAUGGCAUCCUACAAGCCAUCUGAG